GAUGCCCUUUUUGCUUCAAGUCCCGGCUCUCUGCUCCUUUGGUUUCAGGUUCCGGCACAUCCUGAAGAAUCGUUGUGGUUCAGUGUUGACCGAGGGUGGUGGAUGCAGUUGGCAGCAGUCGAGGCCGGCCAGCCUGCCGCCAGGCUCAUUCUCGCCUUCUAGGUUUGCUGGGCCCACUGGCCCUCCAGCCGUCUCUCCACCAGAUUUCCAGCUACUGAUGUUACAAACAAUAAAAUAUGGGAGCACAGAAUUAAGGAAAAGACUUAAGCAAGUGCUGCAAUUAUGUAAGAGAAAACGUUGUAUUUCGAGUAAAGGAACAUGGUGUAUGCAAUCUCCUUUUGAAUGACUCAGAAAAAAUAAAUGAUUUAUUCUUCAAUUAGUUUAAAAAUAUGGAUCCUGAAAAAGUGGGCUCACAGACUGUGAAAGUAACACCUUUUCAGCAAAUGCUUGCCUCUUGUACUGGAGCUAUAUUGACAUCACUCAUGGUGACACCGCUGGAUGUUGUUAAAAUUCGACUCCAAGCCCAGCACACCCCAUUCCCCAAAGGAAAAUGUUUUGUGUAUAGUAAUGGACUCAUGGAUCAUAUGUGUGUCUGUGAAAACGGGGGCAACAAAGCAUGGUAUAGGAAGCCAGGAAAUUUCCGGGGGACAUUGGAUGCCUUUUUAAAAAUCAUUAGAAAUGAAGGCAUUAAAUCCCUGUGGAGUGGCCUUCCUCCUACACUAGUGAUGGCAGUCCCUGCCACAGUUAUUUAUUUUACCUGCUAUGAUCAAUUAAGUGCUUUUCUGAGAUCUAAAUUAGGAGAAAAUGAAACCCGAAUACCAAUUGUUGCUGGAAUUGUGGCCAGAUUUGGUGCAGUAACUGUGAUAAGUCCCUUAGAAUUGAUUAGAACCAAGAUGCAGUCUAAGAAGUUUUCUUAUGAGGAACUGCAUCGAUUUGUCAGCAAGAAAGUUGCUGAAGAUGGUUGGAUUUCACUUUGGAAGGGCUGGGUUCCCACUGUUCUUAGAGAUGUACCUUUCUCAGCAAUGUACUGGUAUAACUAUGAAAUUUUAAAGAAGUGGUUGUGUGAGAAAUCUGGUUUAUAUGAACCGACAUUUAUGAUCAACUUUACUUCAGGGGCAUUGUCUGGUUCUUUUGCAGCUGUUGCAACUUUACCAUUUGAUGUGGUAAAAACACAAAAGCAGACCCAACUUUGGAUAUAUGAAAGUCAAAAAAUUUCUAUGCCUUCGCACAUGUCAACUUGGGUUAUAAUGAAGAACAUUGUUGCUAAAGAUGGAUUUUCUGGAUUAUUUACAGGCCUGAUUCCUCGCUUAAUUAAAAUUGCCCCUGCUUGUGCCAUUAUGAUCAGUACAUAUGAAUUUGGAAAGGCAUUUUUCCAGAAACAAAAUAUUCAAAGGCAACAAUUCUAGUGAUGCUGUUUCAACUUUAAACACCUGUACCAAAUAAGAUGGAGAUUCUUGGGCAAGAACUUUUUUCAUGUUAUUCUGUUAUACAAUGAUUUUAUGUCUUUCUUUCCAAUAAUUUAAGUGAAUCAUUUCUGUUGUACCUCUUAAGUCAUAAUCCUAAUUUUAAAAUAAAAAUUUUCUUAUUUUUGGAGAUUUCUUAAAAGAUAAUUCAGAAAUCACAACCACUUAGUAUUAUUGUAAAGAAAAAGAAAAUUUAUUCCAUAAUAUCAAAAGCAGUCUCUGAGAAUUUGAUAUUAUACAUUUCAGUGUAACUUAAUCUUAUUGUAUGUCAGAUACAUCAGAAUUGUUUGAAUUGUGUGCUAAAUGAUGAAUAGUAUAGAAGAUAAAAAGCUCAUUUUGUGCACAUUUAAAUCAUGUACAUAGAAAUUUCAGUAGAUAAUAGAAGUUGUUAAAUAACAUGUUUUCUAAAUAUUACCUGUUAAUUUCUUAAAUUCAAAUGCAUUGUUUGCCCCCAAGUUACUGUGUCAUGGUCUCAUAUGAAUUAGGAUUUUUCUAAUUAAAGGAAUGACAAUAUAAUCUGUAUGAAUCAUAAUAUUAUCAUUUGUGUGAUGUGGAUCUUGCCACUUUUGAUGAUGAAAGACCUUAUCUACUGUUUCUGUAAAAAAAAGGGAGUUUUUAUUGAUUGUAGGAAAUGUUCACUUUCACUCAAACUUGGGUUUUCAGUGGAAAACAGUAUUGCAUUUAGACUAGUCUUAAGUAAAUAGUCUGGGCACAGGAAUGGCCUCUGGUUUUUAUCCAGUGUGUUAUCCAAGUAUCAUUAUUGAUGGGAGUUCUUUUGCUCAUUUCUAUUGACUAUUUUCUAAUAAGACAGAUAUCAUGACAGGUUGAACUUCCCUAAUUUGAAAAUCAAAAAUCUGCAGAGCCCUAAAAUCCAAACUUUUUGAGUGUUGACAUGACAUCACAAGUGGAAAAUUCUACAUCUGACUUUGUGUGAUAGACUGUGUACAAAAUGCAGGGACACUAAAAAUAUUGCAUAAGAUUAUCUUCAGGUGAUAUAUAUAAGGUAUACAUGAAACUUAAAAAUAAUUUUAUAGUUAGACUUGGGUUCCCGCUCUAAGAGAUCUCAUUAUGUAUAUGCAAAUAUUCCAGAAUCCAAAAAGAAAAAAAAGCAGAAAUCCAAUUCACUUCUGGUUAUAAGCAUUUUGAUGAGAUACUCAACCUAUACUAUAAUAAAUAUCAUAAAGUGUUUUCAAAAAUGUCCCUUAAUUUUACACUAUAUCACAUUUAUCACAAGACUAAAGAAGAAGCUGUUUCCUUCAAGAAAUUAUACAUAAGUAAUUGAGUUUAUGACUGUAUGAAGGAAUGAUAUAGGAAAAAGAUACGAUUGGGUAUGAUUAGGCUGGGAAUGUAGCUCAGUGACAGAGUGCUUGCCUAGUAUGCAGGAGACCCUGGGUUUGAUACCCAGCACGGGGUGGAGAGGGGAUAAGCUAGCAGGACAAGAAAUGAUACUUUUUAAAAUUUAUUUUUUAUUUUUCCCAGGAUCUAUAUCCUAUAAGAAAAAGCACUUUAUUGUAUUCUAUGUGUUUUAUGGAAAUGUAAGGCAUUUUUUUCCCUUGAAAGUAAUGUAUUUUGGUGAGAGAUCUUUUCUAGUAUUGGUAGGGGAAUUAAUAUAUUUUGUAGAAUAAUAGAAAAGCAUUUAAAUGUUUCAC